AUGAAGGUGAAUGUAAUAUCUCGGUCCACAGAUGAAUACACUAAAGAACGAAGCCAAGACCUCCAGAGGGUAUUCCGUAAUUUCGACCCCAGCAUCCGAACGCAAGAGAAAGCAGUGGAAUAUGUCCGGGCAUGUAAUGCCGCAAAAUUGGAGAAGAUUUUUGCGAGGCCAUUUGUUGGAGCAAUGGAUGGACAUAUAGAUUCAAUUUCCUGUAUGGCAAAGAAUCCAAACCAUUUGACCAGAAUAUUUUCUGGUUCAAUGGAUGGAGAUAUUCGGCUCUGGGAUAUAGCUUCCAGGCGAACAGUUUGUCAAUUUCCUGGUCACCAAGGUGCUGUGCAAGGUUUAGCAGUAUCUACAGAUGGGCGUGUUCUUGUUUCUUGUGGAACUGACAGCACUGUCAGGCUUUGGGGUGUACCUGUUUCUACUCUUCUGGAGGAAGAUGUCUCAUCUGAUAAAUCUGCUGUGCCACUGGAAACUUAUGUUUGGAAGAAUGCAUUUCGGGCUGUUGAUCACCAGUGGAAUUUUGAUCGUUUUGCUACAGGUGGAGCUGGAGUAGAUAUAUGGAACCACAACAGGUCUGCACCAGAGCAGAGUUUUGAAUGGGGAACAGACACAGUUGUAUCUAUAAAAUUUAAUCCUGGACAGCCAGAUAUCUUGGCAACAUCCGCAAGUGAUCGCAGCAUAGCAAUAUAUGACUUGCGCAUGGGGAAACCAGCAGCGAAGUUUAUUAUGAGGACAAGAACCAAUUCCAUUUCUUGGAAUCCAAUGGAGCCAAUCAACUUCACUGCUGCAAAUGAGGACUCCAAUUGCUAUAGCUUUGAUUCUAGAAAGCUUAAUGAAGCUAAGUGUGUGCACAAGGAUCAUGUAUCUGCUGUGAUGGAUAUUGAUUUUUCUCCAACUGGUCGAGAAUUUGUCACUGGAUCUUAUGACAGAACAGUGAGAAUUUUCCAGUAUAAUGGUGGUCACAGCCGGGAAAUUUAUCAUACAAAGAGAAUGCAAAGGGUGUUUUGUGUCAAGUUCAGCUGUGAUGCUAGUUAUGUUAUUUCUGGGAGUGAUGACACUAAUCUUAGGCUUUGGAAGGCUAAAGCAUCAGAACAAUUGGGAGUUCUUCUUCCAAGGGAACAGAAAAAGCAUGAGUAUAAUGAGGCUGUCAAGAAUCGCUACAAGCACCUUCCGGAAGUCAAGCGUAUUGUGAGGCAUAGGCACCUACCAAAACCAGUAUACAAGGCAGCUGCAACAUUGCGUGAGAUGACUGAAUCUCGGAGAAAGAAACACGAGAAGAGGAAGGCGCAUAGCGCCCCUGGAAGCAUCAUUGAGGAGCCAUUACGGAAAAGAAAAAUCAUCAAAGUUGAGUGA